GGAACAUAAAGUGAUUUCGCAAUCCCACUCACAAACGGAUCAUACGAGUUCAAUCACAUCAGUUCAUAAUCAUUACAUCACUUUCUUUUCUUAUUAUAAUUUGAAUUACACACAAUGGAGCUUUCUGGAUUUGUCGAGCGUCUGAGGAGCGGUGCUGCCGCCAAGUUUCCCAGCGAUGCUAAUUCUCUCGACUUUGCCCGCCAUUUGGACUCGCAGGAUAAGCUAAGCCAUCUUCGGGAUGAGUUUGUCCUGCCUACCAAGAAGUCCCUCAAGAAGAAAGCCCUCGACGGUUCACUUCCUGGCGCAGCCAAUGGCACAAAUGGUCACAGCAACGGCCAUACCAACGGCUCAGCUGAUGAUGAUCAACAAUGUCUCUACUUCGUCGGCAACUCUCUCGGCGCUCAACCGAAAGCUGUUCGAGAAUAUCUCAACGCUCAACUCGAGACAUGGGCUUCUAUCGGUGUGAACGGACACUUCAGCGCUCUCGGCAACUCACCGCUUCCAGCAUGGCAAGACCUCGCUGAGGACUGCGCCAUCAAGUCGGCAGACCUCGUCGGUGCUUCUCCCCACGAGAUUGUCAUCAUGAACACCCUCACAGCGAACCUGCACCUCCUCAUGGCGAGCUUUUAUAAGCCGAAUGAGAAGAGACACAAGGUUAUUCUGGAGUGGAAGCCGUUCCCUAGUGAUCACUAUGCUAUUGAGAGUCAGGUUGUUUGGCACGGUCUUGAUCCGGAGAAGAGCAUGGUUAAGAUUCAUCCUAAUGAGGAUCACAUCAUUACAACUGAUUUGAUUCUUUCGACUAUUGAUGAGCAUGCUGAGGAUACUGCUCUUCUCUUACUCCCUGGUAUUCAGUACUACUCCGGUCAACUCUUCGACAUUCCCCGUAUCACAGCAUACGCUCAAGCAAAGGGUAUCGUGGUUGGUUGGGAUCUCGCCCACGCCGCUGGAAACGUCGAACUCAAGCUCCACGACUGGAACGUUGAUUUCGCUUGCUGGUGCACGUACAAGUACAUCAACGCAGGCCCCGGCUCCAUCGCAGGUGCUUACGUCCACGAGCGCCACGGCAAAGUCGAGCUCAACGACGCCACCGGUAAAGCUACCUACCGCCCGCGUCUCAUGGGCUGGUACGGCGGCGACAAGAGCGUGCGCUUCAAUAUGGACAACAACUUCAUCCCCACCUCCGGCGCAGGCGGCUUCCAGCUCUCCAACCCGUCCGCCAUCGACCUCGCCAGUCUCUCCGGCGCAUUAUCAGUGUUUAACAAAACAACCAUGCACGACCUGCGCUCCAAGGCUUUAGUGCUAACAGCCUACGCUGAGUAUCUGCUUGAUCAGAUCUUGGCCGAGUCGUCAGACGCUGAGCUGUUCCGCAUUAUUACACCGAGGGAUCCGCUGCAGAGGGGCACGCAGCUUAGUGUGUUGUUGAAGGAUGGGCUGUUGGAUAAUGUUAGUGCGGCGCUGGAGGAGAAUGCUGUGAUUUGUGAUAAGAGGAAGCCUGGUGUUAUUCGCGUGGCGCCUGUGCCGCUGUACACGAGGUUUGAGGAUGUUUGGAAGUUUAUGCAAAUUUUGAGGACGGCUUUGCCUUAGAUGGAAAGAUAGAUAAUGAUUGUUAAUGAAAGCCUGGUUUAUUUGGUUAAGCUUUGAAAGUUUAGUGAUGUCUAUUGAAGGAGCUGUUAAUUGUGCCAGUUGAUGUGCGCAAUCAUCCAUUGCUGGAAGUUAUCUUCACACCGUAUCUUGAUUUCUUUUCCCUUGAAACGAACAGCCGUCAGUACCAGAUUCGCAUGAUGACGACUUUUUCCAGGCAUUGCGCCAUAUGAUCUAUCACAUUACAUCCCGCAUACCAUCGUCUUACUCGGCUAGACAUGGCAUUCCAUAACCGAGGACCAGCCACGUUAUCUUGCACCACGACGCGCAAUCCUCGUCGGAUCUGAUAUCAGGAACAUACCCGCCAGAUCUGACACCUCCGAACUUCCGUACCUACCGAUUCGUCAUUGACGUUUCACAGAUGGUGCGUCAGGUCAAUACCACCUCCCGCAUCCAACAGCGCAAACAAGUUCAAAGCCGACCCCGAAUCAGCCUCAUUCCCCAUCGGUCCGCCCCAGUAGCUCGGAUCAGGCGUCUGCAUCAUACUCUCGCUCAGGCCCAGAAAGGCUGAGUCCAAGUCCCCAAACAACGGUGAUCCGACAUGUUGUAGACCGUUAUGCUGUAGGAACGUCCUAUCCAAUGAUUCGCGCCCUCUAGAGGAGGGCGUUGUCAUUGACUGGCCUGUGAAGGUGGGUGAUGAGUCCAUCGUGUCGGAGGGUAUGAGACCAAACAGUUGGCUCGAGUUUUCCGUGCGUCGUUGGCGUUCGGCGAGUUCACGCUUUUCGAGGUAUUCGAGGGCGGUUGUUAGAAGGGAUUGGGCUAUGAGAGAGUAUUGGCCCGCGUGGGUGUCGUGUUUGGAGCAGUGGUCUAGGGCGUGGAUGGCCAUGCGGGUGUAUUUCUCGAGGACGCGGCCGAAACCACCGAGGAGGCCGACGCCUAGGACAAGAGAGCUGGCAAAUAACCAUGACCUGGAGCGUGUUAGUCUAGAUAUCCGUGAAAGCAUGAGUUUGGGUGACUUACACAAGAAUGGGA